GCCUAUCUUCCCCGAUUCGGGAAACGCAAGCCUGGUCAUCUCUCAAAGCUCGCGUCUUUCCUCUUGAUUUCGCUGAAAAAUCAAAGCUUUUGAUCUUGUUCGCUGAUCUAGAUCGAGGACUUUGUUUGUAGUUCUUGUUUUCAAUCUAUCCAAGAUGCAUAACCUUCUCACGGAUUCUUUCGAGCUUUCGCGAGGCCAGACAUCCCGAGACGGGGAUAUUGAACUAGGAACACAGGUUGUGACAAACACUGGAGAGAUUGGUCUGGAUGAUUUCUUUAAGAAGGUUCAAGGUAUUGAGAAGCAAAUUCAGAAUCUUUCAAUGCUAUUGAAAAAGCUUCAGGAUGCAAAUGAGGAGUCAAAAGGUGUCACCAAGGCAGCUGCCAUGAAAUCAAUCAAACAGCGAAUGGAGAAAGAUAUCGAUGAAGUCGGAAAAGUUGCACGAAUUGUAAAAGUGAAACUAGAGGAACUGGAUAAAGAUAAUUUGUUGAAUAGAGAAAAGCCAGGAUGUGAAAAGGGAUCGGGAGUAGAUCGGUCAAGAAUAUCAACAACUAUAGCGCUGAAGAAGAAGUUGAAAGAGAGGAUGUCUGACUUUCAGACUCUGAGGGAAACAAUCCAUCAGGAGUACAGAGAGGUUGUUGAGAGACGGGUUUUUACAGUGACUGGCAAUCAUGCAGAUGAACAGACAAUUGAUAGAUUGAUUGAAACUGGGGAUAGUGAGCAAAUAUUCCAGAAAGCCAUUCAGGAACAAGGAAGGGGCCAGAUAGUUGAAACCCUGGCAGAAAUCCAGGAGCGUCAUGACGCUGUGAGGGAGAUCGAAAAGAAGCUUACUGACUUGCAACAGAUUUUCCUCGACAUGGCUGUGUUGAUUGAGGCUCAAGGUGACAUGCUUGACAACAUUGAAGCACAGGUCACAAACGCUGAUGAUCAUAUUCAGUCUGGAAUUGGUGCCCUCCAAAAGGCGAGGAGACUACAAAAAAAUACUCGGAAAUGUACAUGCAUAGCUAUAAUUAUCCUCAUAAUCAUCAUUGCUGUUGUUCUCCUUGUUGUACUUAAACCAUGGUCAAAAAACUAGUUCCCCUUGUAUGGUGUAAUAGGUGUGGAAUUACAAUAAUACUACUGCAGCUGUAUACUUUUUGUAGAUAAAUAUGAUAGAGAUUUUCCUUGA